CCGCAGCGAGCCAAGAACGCCACCUCCAUCCUGAUCGCCACCGUCAUCACCGCCCUCUACUCCGUGGUGUGCGUGGUGGGGCUGCUGGGCAACGUUCUGGUCAUGUACGGCAUCGUCAGGGGAGGGGGGUACACCAAGAUGAAGACGGCCACCAACAUCUACAUCUUCAACCUGGCCCUGGCCGACGCGCUGGCCACCAGCACACUGCCCUUCCAGAGCGCCAAGUACCUGAUGGAGACCUGGCCCUUCGGGGAGCUGCUCUGCAAGCUCGUGCUCUCCAUUGACUACUACAACAUGUUCACCAGCAUCUUCACCCUCACCAUGAUGAGUGUGGACCGCUACGUCGCCGUCUGCCACCCGGUCAAGGCCCUGGAGUUUCGGACCCCGGCCAAAGCCAAGAUCAUCAAUGUCUGCAUCUGGGUGCUCUCCUCGCUCAUCGGGGUGCCCAUCAUGGCCAUGGCGGUCACCAAGUCCAAAGACGGGGUGGUGCUGUGCACGCUCCAGUUUCCCAAUCCUCCCAUCUACUGGGACACCGUGACCAAGAUCUGCGUCUUCAUCUUCGCCUUCAUGGUGCCCAUCCUGGUCAUCACCAUCUGCUACGGGCUGAAGAUACUUCGCCUGAAGAGAGUCCGCCUCCUCUCGGGCUCCAAGGAGAAGGACCGCAACCUGCGGCGCAUCACGCGCAUGGUGCUGGUGGUGGUGGCAGCCUUCAUCAUCUGCUGGACGCCCAUCCACAUCUUCGUCAUCGUCUGGACGCUGGUGGACAUCGAUAAGAAGAACCCCUACGUGGUGGCCAGCCUGCAUUUCUGCAUCGCCUUGGGCUACACCAACAGCAGCCUCAACCCCGUCCUCUACGCGUUCCUGGAUGAGAAUUUCAAGAGGUGUUUCCGGGAGUUUUGCCUCCCUUUCCGCGCCCGCGUGGACCAGAACAGCUUCUCCCGCGCCAGGAACACCAUGCGGGAGCACGUCUCCACCUGCGCCCCCUCCGACACCCGCGAGCAGCCGGCAUGACGGGACGCGGGCAGCCUCCAGCGGGGCUG